UCUGCCGCAGCCCCCCGAGCUCGGAGAGGAGCCGAGCCCCCGGCGACGCCAGCAGAACCCCGGGUGCCCAGGCCGAGGGCCAUGCCUUGCCGGAGGGAAGAGGAAGAGGAAGCCGGCGAGGAAGCGGAGGAGGAGGAGGAGAGCUUCCUCCUGCUGGAGCAGUCGGUGACUCUCGGCGGAUCGGGCGAGGUGGACCGGCUGGUGGCCCAGAUCGGCGAGACGCUGCAACUGGACGCGGCGCACGACCACCCGGCCCCCCGGGGCGCGCCCCCGGGGCCUCCGCUGCAGCCCCCGCGGCCCCCGGCGGUGGUGGCCGGGGACAAGGCCCGGCCUCUGGCCCUGCCGCUGCUUUUGUCCCCCGCGCCCGCGUCCGCCGAGACCGCGGGCCCGGGAGCCCUGCGCUGCACCCUGGGGGAUCGGGGCCGAGUGCGGGGCCGAGCGGCGCCCUACUGCGUGGCCGAGCUGGCCGCUGGCUCCAGCCCGCUGCCCGGGCCGUGCCGCCGAGAAUGGCUCCGAGGAGCCGCCGCCUCCCGCCGCCUGCAGCAGCGGCGUCGGCCCCAGGCCGGGACACAUGCAGGCGACGAGGACCCCAACGACGACCGGCUUCUGCAGCAGCUUGUGCUCUCGGGGAACCUCAUCAAAGAGGCGGUGCGGAGGCUCCAGAGAGCCGUCGCUGCUGUUGCAGCCACAGGCCCUGGGGGCGCCCCUGGAUCUGGGGGUGGCCUCAGCGGACCAGAUCCCGUCGCUCUGCAGCCCUCGGGCACCCUGCACUGACCAGGGCCCCCGGGAGAAGGAAUACGAGGCCUGCCGCGCUUACCAGACCGCCGCCCUCACCCCGCCACCCGUCCUGAUCCGAAGCCUUGGGUGCUACUCUGGGAGAGACUGCCCAGGUUGUGGGGGGGCGGGGUGCGGUGGGGAGAGACCGAACUUCAGGCCAAGAAGUUACGGUCCUUUGAGACUGUCAGUAAAAACUAGAGUGGAUAAAUUCACUGGCCCGGUGCGCCCAGCUGCUGCGUGAAAAUUGGCCCCGGCCCUCCUGGGACCAAGAACCUGGGACAAACUGGGUGAUCUAUGGCAGCUACUGGCAUCUUCUCAGACCUUGACCCUUAGCCCUUGGGGGCAUCACGAUCUUGGAUUGUUUUAAAGAUAGGGCUCAGAAGGGCGGUAAGUGGGAGGGCUUUAUAACAACAAUACUUGAAAACUCAUCACACGCAUGCAUACAUUUUCUCUCUAUUUUCCGGUGGAGGAGCAUCGUGAAAAUGGUGCUAUAAUUGCUGUGCAAAGAAACUGCGCUGAAUAGGGAGGGACAAGGGGAAGGCUUGGUGGUGGGUGUGUUGGUAUCACCCCAUUUUCUCUUGCCUCGUGGUGAUGGAUAGUGAGGGAAACUCUGGUGCGGGCCUGGGAGGGACAGACUGGAGACUUCAGAAGGUGGAGACAGUUUGGGUUGAAUGUGGACUUUUGAAAAGAAUUGACCUUGCCACUGGUGGGUCAAGGUCACAGUCUGCUGCAAGUUCAGUACCUGAGAGGGCACUCACCCGCCCUGGUUCUUCUCAGCCUCCAGCUCCACCAGGAGCCCUGGCUGCUUUGCCACCACUCGGAGUCUCACGAGGACACGGGCAUAAGAGAGGGAUGACAGGUGUGGAGAGAGUCCAUUUUCCAGAGCUUUCUUCCUUCCAGAACUCCUCCUCCUGGGAGGCCACUCUUGGCCAUGCCAGAGCUUUCUCAGAAACCAUGAUAAACAAUCUUUGGAGUUGCUCUUCCAUCCGUCUGCCCUCCUGCCCGCUUUUCUUGUCCAAUUCUUUCUGCCCAGGUUGGGUGUGGGAACCCGGACAUUUCUUCUGCCGUGUUCUGGCCCCUCUUGGUGCCGGGGGCCUGAGCGUCUGCACUUCCUCGCUGGGCACGGUGCCCUUCUGCCCUGCCAGCUCUUUGUGACUGGGACCUUUAAAAAAAAAAUGUGACUCUCCGAGAGGAGGACCCACCGGCUUGACCAUCUUGAAACUUGAUGGCACUGUAGAAAGGUGCCCCCUUCCCUCCCAACUUUAAGGUUGCUAAACCCGUUUUUAAAAACAAGAUUCAAUGGCCUGUUCAUCCUCCCGAUGAAGCUGUUGAUGUGCACUUCGCAGCGGAGUGUCUGACCCCGUGGUGGUCCUGAUUUAUAGGAUGUCUUAAUUAAAAUGUCUGCUGAAUACAUUGA